AUGACUGAAACCGAAUCUUCUCAGCGGGAUGUCCACCCGGAGGCGUCCCCGCUUUCUUCUAAUGGGGAAGGGUCUCCAUCGCCUGUGAAGGCAGCGCCUGCCCCCAAGGCCGGUAGAAAACUGCCAGGAUGGCUGGAUCACUUCAAUGCCCGUGAUCUUAAGGUCUUGUUUCGUUGCUCGCUAGCUGCGUGGGUCGCGUCGCUGUUGAUCUUCAUCACGCCGUCCUUAAGCGUCAUUGGUACUGCGACUUUUUUUGCAACUUUGGUACUCUUCAUGGUGCCUCCGACCGGCAUUGUCUUCAUUUUCAUUUUAGGAACUCUAACCCUCAUUCUGGGUAUGGCUUUAGGCUGGGCCUGGGGUGUCAUUGCCAUGAAGGCUGCUAUGGCAGCAAGACCAGCGGCUGAGACCCAGGCCAAGCUCCAAGCCCUAGGACAGGCCGCAUACAGCCAGGCCAAUUCUACCGGACAGCCUGUGGCAGCCGUCCAGACGCAGCUUGUCUACACAGGCUGGAUGCUUGACGCCCGUUCCCGUCUUCGGGCUAAGAACCCCAAAUUCAUUCUGAUGCAGAUUUUCGGAAUUAUCAUCGUCGAUGUUACUCUGACGAUUGGCCCCCUGCUUCCAUCGUUCAGCGGCACUAUCCCCAAGGUCUUGAUUGAACCUGCCGCUAUUGGAAUUGGGCUGGGCCUGGUCUCUCAUUUUUUCUUCUUCCCUCGGUCUACCUCCCAUGUCGUGCUUGAUGGCAUGGAGGGGCUAGUUCGAGUGCUCAAAGGACCUUUGGACGCCACAGAGAACAGUCUUCUAAAAGGUGAAGUCUUGGUUAUGGCAGAUCUGCAAACGAUCAAGGUGAAGGCCAUUGCUGCUUACAAGGAACUUAAGCCGGCCAUGGGCUUUUUGCCACUAGACUUCUCUGUCGGUUGGUGGGGUGCGGAAGAUAUCAAAAGCAUGAAGAAACCGAUACGCCAAGCUUUAAUAAGCAGUCUCUCCCUUCUGGAAGUUCAUAUCGCCCGCAUCGGGGGACACGCGAAGCUAGAAAAGUUGCACCAGCUCACUGUGGAUCGGGAUUCUGACUCUGAUUCCCAAGCUAGCGGGAAUGAGAAAAAACCUUCACGUGAAGUUGGCAUGCGCCAGCUGAUGGAGAGUGUUAAUUUAGUCCAAGCACUCCGAAGCCCGGAACAUGAAUCCAUGCGAUCGGAAACUAUCGACGUACUGCGCGAGUCCAGCAAGGAUAUCCUCCCGGCAUGCCAGGAAGCUGUUGAGAUCAUUGCGGAAUCUAUUAACACGGUUAACAAGCGUUGGUUUGGUCGCCCUUCCAAGGAACUCCUCAAUCAGUUACACGAGCGCAGCCAGACUGCGCUGGAGAAUCUUCAGGGCCUGCGCGCAUCUUUUGCAACAGAAACCACCGAACGUUUGAUUCAAACACAUGCGGAGAUCUUCAACGAAAAAGGCAUGCUCAAGACCCUUGAUGAAAAUUCGUUGCCCAGAGUUAGGGGUAUCACUAUGGGAAUGAUCUUCGAAGAGCAGGUGCUCGGUGUCGCCGACGGGUGGGAGCGGGUCCUGGGACAGCUUGUCGCUCUCCUGAAAGAACGCCAAAAAGUCCGUCUGUGGCUACCCAAGGGUUUGCGAUAUGCCGUCAACUGGAUUUGCCGCAAAAAUGCGGUGGCGCCUGUAAUUGCAGCUCAGAACCCGAUCACCGACCCUGACGUCGCAGAGACGCAGUCUAAAGCGGCACAGCAGCAUCUUCGCAUCAGCAGAGGGUAUCGUGCCAAGCGAGGCAGCGGUUUCGGGCGUGCUAUCAUCGGCACCUAUCAUUGGUUCAUCAAUCCGGAAGGUCUUUAUGCUCUGCGCAUGGUGGUUGUUACGAUCGCACUCGCUAUUCCUGCUGCGAUUCCUCACACUGCGGGUUUCUAUUACCGCGAGAAAGGCCUCUGGGCCCUCAUCAUGGGACAGACCACCCUAGUCAUUUAUAUGGCCGACUUCACUUUCUCCUUGAUUUGUAGAGCCAUUGGUACUAUUGUUGGUGGUCUCCUUGGCUUGGUUGCGUGGUAUAUCGGUUCAGGCCACGGUUCAGGCAACCCGUAUGGUCUUGCUGCUAUUAUGGCUGUUGUGCUCACGAUUCUCAUGUGGGGACGUAUCUUCGCCCCGCCUGCUAUGCUUCAAGCUCUGAUUAUGGCUGGUGCGACCUGCAUUCUAGUUGUUGGUUACAGUUUCGAGGAUACGCACAUCCCGACUUAUGGCAAUCCUGGUUGGGGAUAUAAUGUUUUCUGGCGACGACUUGUGCUUGUUCUCAUUGGGUCCGCGGCGGCACUGAUCGUGCAGCUGUUCCCUCGCCCACCGUCUGCAUCACAACACGUCUGCAAGUCCCUUUCAAAUGUCAUCCGCUUACUGUCGGACCACUACGCGCUUCUCUUAUCCUGCUGGGGACAAGGACGCGAAGAAGGUCUAGCCGCAGAGAAGCUGGCUCUUAACCUCGCCGAGACCCUUGCCGCACUGGAUGGACCCAUCGCGUUGCUACGCUUCGAAUUUUCCAGCUCGCCAUUCGACAGCGACCGUCUCGGUCAGGUCAAAUCGCUGUGUCAAGAACUCAACCAGAACAUCGCUCGCUUACUUUACCUAUCAGCUUCGCUGCCAGAACACCUGCAAAGUCGCCUAGCUCGUCAAGCGGGUCUUCUUGACCACCACAAUAUCGGUGACGUGAUGGCUGUUAUGGGCGUGGUUGAACAAUCACUCAAGACGGGUGACCCUCUACCCGAGGUGCUCCCAACGCCACUCCUGAACCGUUGCCACGACUACUGGAUGUCGCGCAACGUGGAUAUUAUGCUAAGCAAGGAUUUAAUUCGCGACGAGGACUACCGCCGGUUCUGCGUCGCCAUCAGCGCAUACCUUAAGUUCUUGGCCACUGUGGAUGACUUGGUGCUUGUGAUGAAGGGCACAUUGGGCGAGUCGCACAUUGUCAGUCGUGACCUAUUGAAGGAACAGUAUGUAUAA